CGCCGAGGAAACCGAUUCCGACACAAGACCGGAAGGAUAUAGUUUCACCUUGGGUGCAUAUCGGAGACAGUUGAGAGGCACACGUUUGCUUUUAGCUAGAAAUUUGUCAUUCAAAUGAUAGAUAAAUGUCCGUGUAGUUCCGCGGCGCGUCUAACUAAGAGAGAGGCAACAUGAAGCAAGACGUGAGGAUACUUUUACUGGGGGAACCCAAGGUGGGGAAGACAUCCCUCAUCAUGUCUCUGGUUGGAGAGGAGUUCCCAGAAGAUGUUCCCCCCAGAGCUGAGGAGAUCACCAUCCCUGCUGACGUGACUCCAGAGAAAGUGCCCACACAUAUAGUGGACUACUCAGAAAAAGAACAGAGUGAUGAAGUCCUGAGAGAUGAGAUCAUCAAGGCUAAUGUGGUGUGUGUAGUGUAUGACGUCACCAAUGAGGACACAAUAGACAAGAUCAAAACCAAAUGGAUACCUUUAGUAAAUGGAGACGCAGAGAAAGGAAACAAGGUUCCCAUCAUCCUCGUGGGUAACAAAUCUGAUCUGCGCAGUGGGAGUUCAAUGGAAACCAUUCUUCCCAUCAUGAACCAGUUCUCUGAGAUUGAGACGUGUGUUGAGUGUUCUGCAAAGAACCUAAAAAACAUAUCAGAGCUGUUCUACUAUGCACAGAAGGCCGUCCUUCACCCGACAGCUCCACUUUAUGAUCCUGAGGACAAACAGCUUAAACCAUCAUGUGUUCGAGCCCUGAGCAGAAUAUUCUACAUUUCCGACCAGGACAACGACCGUAUUCUCAGUGAUGCUGAACUCAACUGCUUUCAGAAAUCUUGUUUCGGGAAUCCACUGGCACCUCAAGCCUUAGAAGACGUGAAGACUGUGGUCUGGAAAAACACCAGUGAUGGCGUACAGGACAAUGGCCUGACCCUAAAUGGUUUCUUGUUCCUUAAUACAUUAUUCAUCCAGAGGGGCCGGCAUGAAACUACAUGGACUAUCCUCAGGAAGUUUGGUUAUGACGACAACCUUGAGCUGACGGAUGAUUACCUCUAUCCUGAACUUCGGGUUCCUGUUGGCUGCACCACAGAGCUCAAUCAUUUAGGCCACAAGUUUCUCCAGCGGUUGUUUGACAAGUAUGAUGAAGAUAAGGACUCUGCUCUGUCACCAACAGAGCUCAGGAACCUGUUUUGUGUGUGUCCUUACAUGCCAUGGGGUGCAGACGUCUACGUGACAGUCCCAACCACAGACGAGGGCUACAUAUCUAAUCAUGGCUACCUCUGUCAGUGGACGCUUUCUGCGUACCUUGACAUCCACCGUUGCCUGGAGCACCUAGGAUACCUAGGCUACCCUAUCAUCACUGAACAGGAGUCACAGACCGCAGCUAUCACAGUGACACGAGAGAAAGAGGUGGACCUUGAAAAACGCCAAACACAGCGGUCAGUGUUUCUCUGCAAGGUGAUUGGACCGCGAGGGACGGGCAAGACAGCCUUUCUCCAGGCGUUCGUGGGCCGCAGCGUUUCGGGAAAUUCCAGCAGUGCCUUUUCCCCUUAUGUGAUAAAUACUGUCCAAGUCAGCAACCAGGAGAAGUACCUGAUCCUCAAUGAGGUGGACGUAGAGACAGAGUUCCUGAAAGCAUCAGAUGCCUCCUGUGAUGUCGCUUGUCUCAUGUACGACUCCAGUGACCCCCAUUCCUUCGACUAUUGUGCCAGCAUAUACAAGCAACACUACAUGGAGAGCGACAUCCCAUGUGUGUUAGUGGCCUCCAAGGUGGACCUUGUGGAAGUCAAGCAGUUCCAUGGGAUGGCUCCAGCAGAGUUCUGUUAUAAACACCGACUUCCUCCACCGCUGCCCUUCUCCAGCACGUUCCUCGACUCCACCAGCAAGAAUAUCUACACCAAGCUCGCCUGGGCAGCAAUGUACCCACACCUGAAUGGUUCAGACAUGAGCAACACAUCAUUCUGGCUGAGAGUGACUUUGGGCUCGGCUGUGGUCGCAGUUUUGGGUUUCGCCAUCUACAGAGCUGUUACCAGACUGAAAUGACCAACAACUGGCUGUGUUUUUCUCAACCCAAUUCUCCAUCCAUCACGACCAAACAUCAAAGACUAAAUCCAGCACCGCCCCGGUCUGAGCCACGCAGAGUCCUCGACAUCUUUCCUUUCACAGUGAAGGCUGUGAGGAAACGUUCCAUAUCUGACAUUCUCAGUUUCUGACCUCUUCCCUAUGAAGACACUUCAUCACAACCAUCCAGAGGCAAUCGUAUUAUUCCCCACGCUGUCCAGAUUUAUCUGCCUUAUAUUGUCUAACCAGGCUAAGUAGAGGUUAGCCUGUCUGUGCUUGAUAUACAAAGAAAUGCUACUAUCAGUGUCCCAAAUGGUGCUUUAUCAGGGUGGAAAUGCAGGAAGAUGGUAGUGUCAAUUUCUCAUCAUUAUUUUAGAUGAGUGUUAAUGGUGAGAGUAUAUAUACACACAUAUAUAUACACACAUACAUAUACAUACACAUGCAGUGUAAUAGAAAAAUGCCAAACUGACUAAAUAACCAAAGGGAAACACUGGAAGUAUUUAAACAAAGACGACAUUUAAACAAAAACUCCAACAUUUCUCCUUUUCACCAAGGCUCCACAGGUACGAUAUGGCCGUACGGGUUUUGCCAAAUGACUCUGGAAAGAAUGAGUAGCCGUAGCAUGUUACCGGGCAUACCAUUUUGCCUGGCAAUAAAUCUGUAUUUAGCUUGAAUCUUAUUGUUAAUGUUUUAGCAGAAUGUCAUCCAUUGAAAUGCUGUGGCAGUGAGGGAUUACUUGCUGUGCAUGAAGUAAAUUAGCUUUUAUCUCGAGGAUGGUGGUUUGCCAUUUGCAUCUGCAAGAGAGAAAUGUUCGCCAGGCACAACUUUAAAAUUAUGACAUGUAAAAGAAAACGUGGUCAAACUCUUCUCUGCUUCUGCUCCGUUUCUCUCUGUCCUGUUCACACUGAAAUGGAAAUUAUUUUAAUUCAGACUGAAAUAGAUUGGUAAUUUCUGCUUUUUCUAUCUGCAUACACCCGACACUGUGCAUACACUGACUGUGUUAAAACAAUCUACCAUUGCGCUGUGUUUUCCCAACAUGAGUGGGUCAUGGCAAUGUCUGUUGCAGGACACUUUUCUGGGACUUUUAAAAGAUACUGUUUUCUUACUGAAAGUGAGCUGAUUUAGAUGCUUAAUAAAAGACCAGACCAGACUGGGUGGCGACUCCUGCCCAAAAGGCGGAACUGGUGUCUAUGAAA